UAAUCAUCACAGCAGCUUAUUUCCGUCGCCAAAUGACGUGACGUCGAAUACUCGAUCUUCAUGUGUCUCUCACGCACUUAUCUUUAGUGAUGAAUUUUCAUUUCGGUUUGGUUGUGAUCUUCGUAAUUCUUGAUGUGGUUUUCGUCUGGUCUACCGAUAAUGGCGCUUCGAAGAAGAAAGUUCAACUGAGUUUUGGUGUUGCGACAAAUCCUUUUCUUCAAUCGUCCAACCUAAAUCUUCCCAAUAUUCAAAACAAUCCUUUCCUGUAUCCAUCAAAUGGUAACAGAAUUGAAAAUCCAUUGUCAAAUGCUGUUGUAACACAGGCAUCCAAUAUAGCCUUUCCCAAUAAUAACUAUAAUCCCUUUCCUAAUAGUAAUGCGAAUCCUUUCCUAAGAAACUUAGGAAACUUUCAUAAUUCUACUAGAGAAAUAAUUGAUUCAAAGGUUGAGGUGGAGUAUUCUAAUUCACCAAGCCCUGUUUCGCAAACACCUUACACACCACUACCAUCCUAUCAUACAUCAACAUCAUUUAAUAUACCAGUAUUUGAUACGCCAGCACCGAAUAAUGAUUUUACAUUUCAUACGCCUACUCCUAAAAUUCAUCCUCCAAUUUCACACGUACCGUCCUGGGAAGAACUGUUACCUUCUAAGAUCAGUCCAGAAAAAACGAUAUCAGAAUUAAAGUGCGAAGAAUAUGUGAGAGAAAUUGCGGGUAUAACCUCGGUAAUGUCUCUGACCGGUUCAUCAUCGGGCAUAUAUAAAGUGAUUAAUACCUGUGAGAAGCUAAAUCGCUUGGUGGUUGGUGGUACUGAGGCACGUGUCGACGAAUUCCCUCACAUGGUUGCACUAGGCAAACGCAAUUUUAACGAAUUUAUUCUGAUGUGCGGCGGCACGCUGAUUUCACAUGCCUGGGUGAUUUCCGCUGCUCAUUGCACUCAUGGGACAACUGGCGGUAUAAGUGACGCAAGGAUUGGCUUUCACAGUUUAUCAGAUCAGAAUGGCAUCAUAAUUGUCAUUAAAGAUAUAAAAACUCAUCCGGAUUACAAACCACCUCGGAUGUAUGCGGACAUUGCUCUGGUACAACUCAUGACUCCCGUUACUUUUAGCACAUCUGUACGACCCGCGUGUCUUUAUCAAUUAUUCAAUACCAUGCCUAGACAGGUUUGGGUAAGCGGCUGGGGUCAUACCGAAUAUAACGGAGAGGUGAGCGAUCGAUUACGAAAGGCUAAGCUGGAUGUGAUAGAUAAUCUGUCGUGUACAAUACGGCAUAACAGUUCCCUAGAAAUUCCGUAUGGUAUCAGACCAAGUAUGAUUUGUGCUGGCGAUCCUAGCGGUAACUGGACAAGGGAUACUUGCCAAGGAGAUUCCGGUGGUCCUCUCCAAAUAGUUGAUAAGAAUGAAUGCCUCUUCCAACUGAUUGGUAUCACUAGUUUUGGUAAGGCCUGCGCAAUGAUUGAUAUUCCCGGUGUUUAUACUAGAGUGUCCCAUUAUCUUUCGUGGAUCGAAGGUAUAGUCUGGCCGCAAGGACAAUAAUCACAAUUUAUUCGAAUUUUACGAAAGCAAAAAAAAUUAUGAAUACACUUGACAGUCUGCAAUUCUGACUAGAAUAUUGGAAAGUAAGAAUAGAGAAAUCACAAG